AUGGAAAACAUAAUAGAUUAUGAUGUGUAUUUUGAUGAAGAAUUUAUAAGUUUUUAUGAGGAAGUAAGACUAUCAAAGUUUCAUUUUGACAAAGAAAAACAAAUUUAUAAGUAUUUAUGUCCGUGUGGUGAUUUUUUUCAAAUUUCACUAGAAGAAUUAGAAGAGGGAGAAAAUGUGGCUAAAUGCCCAUCAUGUUCUCUGAUUGUAUUAGUUAUUACUGAAUAA